AUGUCGGAUGAUGAUAAGCCGACGACAGACAUCACACUUAAAGACGGCGACUUGGAUCAGCAGCAACAACAAGCGUUUCUUCAGCAGCAGCUUCAGCAGCAACAGUUACAGCUUCUCCAAUUACAGCAGCAACAACUUCAAAGCUUGAGUCAGAACAUGAGUCCUAACGAACUUGCAGCGUUGCAGCAACAGCAACUAGCGCUCUUUAUGAUGCCAAUGUUUCCUCUUAUGAUGCCGUUGCAGCAACAAGCACUAACGUCAGCUUCUACGAUUCCAGCAACGAAUUCAGACACGUCGUCCGAGGAGACGUCUGUGGAGGCUGCAAUAGCUUCAGACGAGGCUGUUUCCAUAGCUGCCGAGUCUGCAGCUGCUGCUUCAUCUUCAACAGCAGGUGGUGAAGUGUCACUAUCUUAUUCAUCAGCGUCUGCUGAAUCUAUGGGAUUCACGUCGCCUUUUGGGGCUACGGACGGAUUUGGAUUGUUGUCUGGGACCAACACUGCAUCACUUAAUAUGGAUGAAGUACCUAAACGGAAGCGGGGUCGACCACCCAAAAAGGAUGUAGCUGCACGAGCAAAGGCAGAAGCAGAGAAGACACUGAAGCAGCAGUUUCCUAUGUGGGGCUAUGGAUUACCCAUGCCGCUACUACCAGGUUUCUCAGGCAUGCUGCCUGGUAUGUCAAAUCCUGGUGCUGUUGUGAAGGACCAUUGUGCUUCUGAUGAUCGGAUAAUAAAAGAGGAAAAUGAAGAUGUUGAACGCCCGGUCAAGGUGGCGAAAAAGAAACAGCGUGGGACAGGAAAACCUCGGGGUCGACCACGCACACGUCCUCGUCCGGGCGAGAUUAUUCGUCGUGUCAAACCGCUCCCUAUUGCGCCUGCAAGCUAUUCCGUCAUGUACAACUAUUCUCUCUCCAAUCUGGCACAGAGGAGCAUGGAACUAAAUGCCGAUGGUACCAUGGCUAACACGGAAACUUCGACGAUCUCGGACGAAGCACAGGACGAGGAUCGACUGGUGCCGCUUAGCGCGUCGUUAUUAUCUGGAGAGCACGAGUAA